AUGGUCGAAGGCGGUUGCGUCUGCGGUGCGGUCCGCGUAAAGAGUACAGGCGAGAUUAAGGCCAAGGCCCUCUGCCACUGUCUUGAUUGUCGCAAAACUACUGGCUCCAUAUUCUCCACCAACAUCAUCGUUGCCGGUGAUGGCUUCUCGUUGAUCAAAGGCACCCCCAAGCAAUUCGCCAAGACGGCGAAGAGUGGCAAGACGAUUACAUCAUUCUUCUGCGGAGACUGUGGCUCAACGAUCUGGCGAGAGACGGAGACAUAUGGUGACUCCAAGAUCAUCAAGGUGGGCACGAUGGACGGCGACGCGCUAGAGGACGCGAAGCCGGCAGCUGAACUGUUCGUUGGGAAUCGACCAUCUUGGCUGCCACCCAUUGCCGGUGCCCAGCAAAAUGAGGCUGCUUAG